AUGACUAAACCAUCACACUUUGCCGCCCCACAAAACCCAGAGAAGGUUGCCAAGUCCCGUGGUGAUGAUCUCCGUGUUCACUUCAAGAACACCCGUGAGACUGCCAUGGCCAUCAAGGGUAUGUUCACCCUCAGAGCCAAGCAAUACUUGAUCAACGUUCUCCGUCACCGUGAUUGUAUCCCAUUCCGUAGAUUCAACUAUGGUAUCGGUCGUACCCCACAAGCCAAGAACCACGGUACCUCCCAAGGUAGAUGGCCAAAGAAGUCCGUUGAGCACGUUCUCUCCCUCCUCGAAAACGCUAUUGCCAACGCCACUGUCAAGGGUCUCGACGUUGAUCAACUCAAGGUCUCUGCCAUCUCUGUCCAAAGAGCCCAAAAGCAAAGAAGAAGAACCUACAGAGCUCACGGUCGUAUCAACCCAUUCAUGUGCAGCCCAUCCUCCAUCCAAAUCCAACUCUCUGAAGUUGAAAAGAAGGUCUCAAAGCCAAAGGAGCAAAAGAUCGUCAAGAAGGAUUAA